AAAAUUCAUGGUGUACUUUUUCCUACUUUGUCUUGCAAAGGACAUAGUCGUCUUCGCCACUCGUCCUCCACUAAACUAAUUACUCCGCAAGCAAUUACAAACCGGGAGCCGGAUCCGGAGACUUAGCAAGGGCAGCUGACGUAGCGUGCGAGGGUCCUGAACCAGCUCAGAAAUGACGUUCCCCGCAUCGAGGCCCAGGCCCUGCCCUCUGCGAGGCCGGCCAGGAAGACCGCAUAGGCUACGGUCACCAUCAAACAGCAGGGGGAAGAGGAAGAACGAGACUGGCGGAUUCACAUCACAGCCAGAUCAAUCACAGUUUGCCACAACGAUGUGUGAGAUGCUGAAUGAAAAGUUUGCACUGGACUCCCUGUCGUCGAUACGAAGCGAUGUGGCAGAGAUCAAGAGUUUAUUACUUCUCCAGAAAAUUGAAGAUCCGACAGCUACACCGAUGCUUGAGCGAGAAAUCGGUGGUUUUUGCGACUCCUCAGUCUCGGAUCAGCCUGGUUGCGACAAGAAUGAUCCACCUCAUUACGAAGAAGUCGAUUCUGAUGACGUCCGGAGGCAAAGAGAUAUGGAUAUUGAUCCGAUGACGGAGAAGGCGAGGAAGAAUAGAAUACGGGAGAUGGUGAAGGCGAUGAGGAAGGAGAAGGAGAGGAAGAUGGAGAAGGAGAGGAAGAUGGAGAAGGAGAGGAAGAUGGAGAAGGAGAUGAAGACUCCUACACACACAUCUACUAUCUCCUUUGGGGAAUCGCACGAGGGCGCUGCUGCCGCACUGUCAACCGAUGUUACCUCGAUAACCGAUGAUUCAGCACUGAUCCAACUGUUGCAGAAGACUACUUCAAAAGGAUCUGGUGUCUGGGAGGAAGAGAGCAAGUCCUUUACUCGUGACGCGGAGAAGUCUUCUGGGAUGUUCAACGAGUCCAAAGCAGACGCGUCGAAUCAUGUACCACCAUCUGCCGACACCAAGGGGUACGCAAAUCUCCUGACUGCCAACCAUCCUAGUUUUCAAGGCAAUGUUCCCAAUUAUAGUGCUAAGGCUCCAGACUCCAUGCAGACACCUUCUCGCAUCAGCUGUGUCCGCGCGUUCAACGGUGAUAUCAAUGUUUGCGACGAUGACGAUGCCACUUCCCGCAGUGACUUAGCUGCCGAGGCGGACACGUAUCUGCUGCUUGACUGGGAUGCGUCCACCGACGCUGCGCACAAUGACACAAUCACUGCUGCCGAGGCAUCAAGUGCACAUGCUGGUGUCCCCAAGGCUACCGCUGCGACCCUGAGUGACAUGCUAGAUGAAUUUGAUCCUCUCUUCAGACGCGAUCAGGACGUUUUUGGAGCCGAUGGCAGGGGAGAUACGGAACUUCUUGUCAACACCGAACAUUAUCAGAGGGGUGCUGCUGCUGAUGAUGGUGAUGGUGAUGGCGAUGGAAUUCAUGCCGGCAGUACUGUUGGCAGAGGUACAGUCUCAGCCACCACGCCCAACACUGAUGCGGAUAUUGGAUUCGAACCUAGCAACGGCGCUGCCCAGGACGAAGAGGCCACUGCUGUCCGCGAUAACGACUUGGAUGCAUUAGUGCCCUCCGCAGUGUGUAGUAGUGCUGCUGCUGCUGAAGAUGAUGAUGCUGCUGCUGCUGCUGCUGUUGAUGAUGGUGCUGUUGAUGAUGAUGCUGCUGCUGCUGCUGCUGCUGCUGCUGAUGAUGAUGAUGAUGUUGCUGCUGCUGAUGUGGAUGAUGGUGCUGUUGAUGAUGAUGCUGCUGCUGCUGCUGCUGCUGCUGCUGUUGAUGAUGAUGAUGUGGAUGAUGCCCGUGGUGCUGAUCGUGCCGAUGCUUGCGAUCAACCAGGCAACCGUCAGUCCGAGGAUGUUGAUGCAGCUGCUGAGAAUUUCCAGUCUAACGUUACAAGUGCUGCACAUCAGCAUUAUGAGAAGAUGCUUGACAGCGGUGGGAGGAGGUUGUCUGUUAAAACCAUGUCCACUCCAGGCCAAGUCGGCUCACAGCAAAACUCAUCUAUCCCGUCCCCGGAUUGCGAACAAACAGUGACAUCAGCAGUUAGCAGCAGUGUGCGUCCGAAUGACAUCUCCAAUCGUUCCGCCACCCCUGGAGUGAAUCAAGUUCCCGCAGCAAAGCGGCGUGUGGCUGUCCGUAGUAUGAACAUUGUCCGGCAUGCAGCAGCAGUCAGACAUUAUUUCUCCCACAUUGUGUGCCAGAUUCGUCGACAACGCCGUCCACGCGUCAGCUUGAAGUUCAUCGUGGACAUGUGUGAGCGAGGGCAGUGGAGGCCACGUGGACAGGUGUUUCGGCGCAAUCCCCCCGCUACAGCCAACUGGAGUAUAGCCCAGCUACGAAGACGCCCCUGGUUCAAUACGCCGCAGAAGGCUGCACGCUACAAGGGUGCUCUACGAAAGCACACGCAGGCGCUGUCCAAGAGGUUUUCGCUGCUGCAUGCUUUGAUGUGCAUCCACAAGCUAGGACUUCUGACCAUGUGUGAUGUAAACUGUUUGGCAACGCAAGCUAUGUAUCAGCAGUGCGCGGAUGCAGCCAGGCUCGAGUUGCUGUUCAGGGUGGUUACUUUAAUGCAGGAGGCACAUCUGAUCGUGUUUGUGGAGAAGGUCUUGAUCACCUCACCACCCUGGGACAGGGACAUCAUCAUCACGCUCUGCGAAUGCGAAGGGCUGCUGUGCACGCUUACAGAUGUACUGCACACGGUGUCUGACUUGUUUCUGAUGUGCUAGAUUCCUCGGCUUGCCGCCUGUUCCCUGCCUCUAUACUUAGUUUUCUCGCUCUCUGUCUCUCGUUCUGUCUUUCUGUAUCUCUGUCUCACUCCCUCACUCACUCACUCACUCUCUCUCUAUCUCUCUCUCUCUCUCUCUCACUCUCACUCUCUUUCUCUCUCUCUCUCUCUCUCCCUCUCUCUCUCUUCUCUCUCUCUCUCUCUCUCUCUCUCUCUCUCUCUCUCUCUCUCUCUCUCUCUCUCUCUCUCUCUCUCUCUCUCUCUCUCUCUCUCUCUCCGGUAUUCAAUUUUCCUCUUACCGUGUCCCAAUCUCGCCAUGUUGUCCGCCGAAGGUCAACCUUGGUUGUGUGCCAUCCACAAGGCCGUCCGUAAGUCAUCCUCCCCAAGUCGUCCUCCCCAAGUCAUCCUCCCCUAGUCAUCCUCCCCUCUUCUGAAAAUCAAGUACAGUGAAACCUGUCUAAGACGCUCAUGAGACCUUCAAAACGUGGUCUCUGUUACCAGGUGGUCUCCUUAUCCAGGGUCAUUUGACUGGUAAUAGCAUCCCUCGGUCCUAGUUUCAGUGGUCUUUAAGGACAGGUGGUCUUCUAGGACAGGUGGUCUUCUAGGACAGGUGGUCUUCUAGGACAGGUGGUCACCUUGACAGGUUUUACUGUAUUUUAUCAUUCUAGUUUCCGUUUUUUUAAAUAUUUGUGAAUACUCUCGAUCUAUUCUCCUUCUUUUCUAAGGACUCCCAAACUCCAUCCCAUCCAUUAGUGUAGUCCGUUUCUCAGUCUUAGCAUUCACACUAGGUAAACUUUAUAAAAACGUAGUCUCUCGGCUGGAAAAGUCACUUCAGGUUUGCCGAUAUCGUUCUGGCAUGGUAGCAUGCUGCCGUGAGCUGCUUCUUUCAUUCUCCCACAUCAUCAACCGGAAGUAGUCACCGAUGAAUUCUGGAGAAUAACCUGUCUGUCAAAACGAA